AUGUCACUUUGUAAGAAUGUCAAUAUUAUGGUGAAGAUUGAGUACAUUACUCAUGUUGUUUUGUGCUUUGUUUUGGCCAUCUUCUACAACAACACCUAUGUGGCCCUUCUUCUUAAUGCUCCAGUUAUUAUUUAUCACUUGAAGUGUUAUUUCGAUCGUAGUUUUGAAUUAGAUCCAACUGAUUUGUACCGUGAAAUCGGAAAGAGAAAGAAGGAAGCAAUUGCUCACAUUGUUUACUAUGUUGUUCUCUUUGGAUUCUAUUUGUAUAGCUUUAUUAGAGCUGUCAUUGAUUUUGAAAGCCAUUAA